AUGGCUGGCGUGACUCGCAGGCUUGGAGACGCGCGGCCCUCCGUCCUGCAGGCUCUGCAAACUUCUCUGCCGCACGUUCUCCAGCCAGCGCCCCCGGGCUCUCCGGAGGCCCGCGCGCUGCCUGAACACCCCACACCCCUCGUGGGUGGGGCAGCCCUGGAGUCCGCUCUGGUUCCUAACUGCUGGUGGCCGCUCGAGUGCUCAGCAAACUUUAGCGUUCCGACUCCAGAAGAGCAAACUCUUGGAGAGAAAGCUAAUUCUCUGGAACAUUUUUGGCUUAUUUUUAGAUUGGUCAAAGAAAAAGUGAUGUAUGAAAAAGAAGCAAAACAGCAAGAAGAAAAGAUUGAAAAAAUGAGAGCUGAAGAUGGUGAAAAUUAUGCCAUUAAAAAGCAGGCAGAGAUCCUGCAGGAGUCCCGGAUGAUGAUCCCAGAUUGCCAGCGCAGGUUGGAAGCAGCCUACGCCGAUCUCCAGCAGGUGUUAGAAAGUGAAAAAGACUUGGAAGAAGCUGAAGAAUAUAAGGAAGCACGUUUAGUACUGGACUCAGUGAAGUUAGAAGCCUGAAACUUUUCUGUACAGAGUGUUUUUUUCAUCAAGUCCCGGGGUCCAUUCUACAAUUCAUUAUUUUUGACCACUGCUGUGUGUUCAAGUAGUAUGAGAAUGUGAUUCUUUUUAUGCAGUUACAUAGAUAUUUCUUUGCCUAAUUUAAUGUGUCAAAUAAAUGAGUUCAUCUAAUAAAACUGUUUGUUUCAUACUUUA